AUGGCGGAGCGGAGAAUCUCCUAUGCUCCUGAUGUAGAGAAUGGUGACCAUUCUCGCAGUGCUGCUGAUGUGAACGACGGCGCUGGUCUUGAUGAGUAUGGUGCUUUAAACCGCUACAUCUCGACCGCUCGCGACGGCCGUCGCGGUUCGACUUCUAGUGCCGGUGCUUUGUCUAACAAGAACAAGAAGAAGAAGCCCUGGUACAAAUUUGGGGGUGCGAAGGCUGAUGGUGUUGAGGAUGGAUUCGUCUGCCCUGAUGAGUGGCUCGAGACCGAUUUGCGUUCCGGUCUUCGCUCCAGCGACAUUGAGCCCCGUCGCAAGAGAACUGGGUGGAACGAGUUGACCACUGAGAAGACCAACUUCUUCGUUCAGUUUAUUGGUUACUUCCGUGGUCCUAUUCUUUAUGUUAUGGAACUUGCCGUGCUUCUGGCUGCUGGUCUGCGUGACUGGAUUGAUCUUGGUGUCAUUAUUGGUAUUCUAUUGCUUAACGCUGUCGUUGGUUGGUAUCAAGAAAAGCAGGCUGCCGAUGUUGUUGCUAGUUUGAAGGGUGACAUUGCCAUGAAGGCUGUUGUCGUUCGUGAUGGCCAGGAACAGGAAAUCCUUGCUCGUGAGCUCGUUGCUGGUGACAUUGUUAUUGUCGAGGAAGGUACCGUUGUCCCUGCUGAUGUCCGCCUGAUCUGCGACUACUCCAAGCCUGAGAUGUUCGACACCUACAAGGAAUACUUGGUCCAGGCCAACGACGACACUCUUAAGGAGAAGGACGACGAUGAGGAUGGCGGUAUUGAAGCCCGUGCUGGCGUCUCCCUGGUCGCCGUUGAUCAGUCCGCCAUCACUGGUGAAUCCCUCGCUGUCGACAAGUACAUGGCCGACACUUGCUACUAUACCACUGGUUGCAAGCGUGGCAAGGCCUACGGUAUCGUUGUCGCUACCGCUAAGCAGUCUUUCGUCGGUAAGACUGCUGCUCUUGUACAGGGUGCUAAGGAUUCUGGCCACUUCAAGGCUGUCAUGGACAACAUUGGUACCACCCUGCUCGUCCUUGUUAUGUUCUGGAUUCUCGCUGCCUGGAUUGGUGGUUUCUACCGUCACUUGAAGAUCGCCACCCCUGAAGAUGAAAACAACAACCUGCUCCAUUACACCUUGAUUCUCCUCAUUAUUGGUGUCCCUGUCGGUCUCCCGGUCGUUACUACUACCACUCUUGCUGUCGGUGCUGCCUACCUCGCCGAGCAGAAGGCCAUUGUCCAGAAGCUUACUGCCAUCGAGUCUCUCGCUGGUGUCGAUAUUCUGUGCUCUGACAAGACUGGUACCCUUACCGCUAACCAGCUCUCCAUCCGUGAACCCUAUGUAAAUGAGGGGGUCGAUGUCAACUGGAUGAUGGCUGUCGCUGCCAUUGCUUCCAACCACAAUGUCAAGAACUUGGACCCUAUCGAUAAGGUUACUAUCCUGACUCUCCGCCGUUACCCCAAGGCUCGUGAGAUCCUUGCUCGCAACUGGGUGACUGAGAAAUACACUCCUUUCGAUCCCGUAUCCAAGCGUAUUACUACUGUCUGCACUUGCGACGGCGUCCGUUACGUAUGUGCCAAGGGUGCUCCCAAGGCCAUUCUUAACAUGUCUGAGUGCUCCGAGGAGGAGGCCCAGCUCUUCCGUGACAAGGCCACCGAAUUCGCUCGCCGUGGUUUCCGUUCCCUUGGUGUUGCUGUCCAGAAGGAGGGUGAGCCCUGGCAACUGCUGGGCAUGUACCCCAUGUUUGAUCCCCCUCGUGAGGACACUGCGCACACCAUUGCUGAGGCCCAGCACCUCGGUCUGUCCGUUAAGAUGUUAACUGGUGAUGCUAUUGCCAUUGCCAAGGAAACUUGCAAGAUGCUUGCCCUCAGCACUAAGGUCUACGACUCUGAGCGUCUCAUUCACGGUGGUCUUGCGGGCUCUGCCCAACACGACCUCGUGGAGAAGGCCGAUGGUUUCGCCGAAGUGUUCCCCGAGCACAAGUACCAGGUCGUCGAGAUGUUGCAGCAGCGUGGUCACUUGACUGCCAUGACUGGUGACGGUGUUAACGACGCUCCUUCCCUUAAGAAGGCUGACUGCGGUAUCGCCGUCGAAGGUUCUACCGAAGCUGCCCAGGCCGCUGCUGAUAUCGUCUUCCUUGCCCCUGGUCUGAGCACCAUUGUCGAUGCUAUCAAGCUUGCCCGUCAGAUCUUCCAGCGUAUGAAGGCCUACAUUCAGUAUCGUAUCGCCUUGUGUCUCCACCUGGAGAUCUACCUUGUCACCUCCAUGAUUAUCAUCGACGAGACCAUCCGUGCCGAUCUGAUUGUGUUUAUCGCCCUGUUCGCUGAUCUUGCCACUAUUGCCGUCGCCUAUGACAAUGCCCACUUCGAGCAGCGCCCUGUCGAGUGGCAGCUGCCUAAGAUCUGGGUGAUCUCCAUCGUCCUCGGUGUCCUCCUCGCCGGUGCUACCUGGAUCAUCCGUGCCUCUCUCUUCAUGACCAAUGGUGGUAUUAUCCAGAACUUUGGUUCUCCUCAGGAGAUUCUCUUCCUGGAAGUCGCCCUUACUGAGAACUGGCUGAUCUUCGUUACCCGUGGCGGCAAGACGUGGCCCUCGUGGCAGUUGGUUGGCGCUAUCUUCCUUGUCGAUGUACUCGCCACCCUGUUCGCCGUCUUCGGCUGGCUCUCAGGUGACUACCGCCAGACCAGCCCUCCCAGCAAGGCUGAGUUCUCCGUCAACGGCGAUGUCGACAUCGUCACUGUCGUUGUUAUCUGGGCCUACUCCAUUGGUGUCACCAUCAUCAUUGCCGUGGUGUACUACAUCCUUACGAUCAUCCCUGCCCUUGACAACCUUGGUCGUAAGAACCGCUCCAAGGCUGAUACCCAGAUCGAGAACCUCCUAGGACACCUCUCUAAGCUGGCUAUUGAACACGAGACCGACGCUAGCGGCAAGUCGCGAUACACCCUUGGCGCUCGUGCCGAAGUGGAGGAGGAUGAGUAA